CUAAAAUCCCAAUCUUCCAAACUCUAACCCAGGAAUGGCAACACCACCUAAGCCAUAUCACUAUAAACGAUUUCCCCUGAAAUCAAAUAUUGGUAAUCCCUAAUCAGUCAGAGAGAUCAAUUCUUCGAUUUUACCUGCGAUUCUUCAAUUGUUUUUUUUACUUACAAGGAAAAGCUUCAGUGUUUCAGUUUCUUGCAAACUUACAUAACCCACACAGAGAAGACGAUGAAGGUGGCCAAACAUUCGGAUUCUGUUUUUUGGUGAAUCAGUAUGCAAGGUUCGACCCAUGUCUUUAGAUGCAACAAAAAGAUUGAAAUAGUUCUGUUCUGUUGUGGAGUUACUGAGUUUUGUGUUCGUUUGGAGAAAUCAAAUUGUGAGGAAAAAGAAAGAAAAGAGGUUUUGGGAGAUUGGUAGAAUGGGGACAAGAGAAGUAUAUGAGGAAAAGCUAAGGAAUGGAAAUUUGCACCACGAUCCAACCAUCAACCCUGGCUUAGGUUCCGCUCGUUGUCCUCGUUGCCUCUCCCUCUUAAACCCUGAUUCCGACAAAGCUGAAUGGACAAUUACUUCAGUUUUGGAGGAUGCCACUGCAGUGGCUGGCUCUGGUAUCGGGGGAAUGCUUAGUGCAGUACAUGGCUUUAAUACUGGGAUCCCUUUCCUUCAGAAUCACAUCAAGGGACCUAAGUGGCUCCCUUUUGUAACUGGGAUUCCUCUGCUGUUAAUGUUUUCUGGCGCCAGUGCAGCUUUUGGAGACUGUGAUUUGCAAUUGAUACGAGUUUGUAGGUUAUGCACUUCCAAAGUUUGCUCAGCUCACCGUCACUUCCUAUUAUGCUGCCUCUAGUGCCUCGCAUUAUGGAAUUUCACUGCUCACGCGACACAUUGAAGAUGCAUAUGCUACUACUCCUCAACAAGAAAGGCUAAGAUGAAUCCUUAAUCAUGCAUUUACUCAAGAUUCUACUUUCAUCAGUUCUGAAAUAGCAAUAUUGAUGCCUAUGUGUAUAGAACUUUUGGAUGAAUCUGCUUUUUCCUUUUUAAUUAAUUUCUUUCUGAUUUUUACAUUUGUGUUCUUCGAAAAUUAAUAUAUAAUAUAGUAAUAUUCAUA